GAACGCGGCAGCAGAUCAGCGCGAGGAGUGCAAAUGUACUCUUGCUGGUGUUUGACCAACAGCACCAAACAGCAGCCCAACAAGUCAGUCAGUCAGUCCGUCAGUCAGUCAGUCCGUUGGCCAUCUCCUCCGACCUCCAAAUGUAGCCAUCAUCUCAACAAAGUUGGCCUUGAAGGCUGCAGAUGCCCACGAGCAAGCGAGACAGGCGACAGCGACGACAGGCAAACUUUUCUUUCAUUCUUCUGGAGCACACGUCUUUUGGUUACUAUGUCCUCCGCAAAGUGUGCGGAGGAGGAGCUGGACUUUGCUCUCAUCUUCGAGGAGGACAGUGGACAAGGUGAAGGUCUCAGUCAUCACGUGACCACACCUCCGUGGCCCAUGCGGGCCGCUCCCCCCUGCAGGCAAUACGCACUGCCGGAUGAUGGCGCCCGGGGGAGCUCGCCGGCGUUGCACUGUCCCAGCAUCCAGAUCACCGCCAUCGCGGCCAACGACGACGGCGGCGGCAGCGGCCGGCAGUGCGCAGAGAGCGGCUACGUGGAGGCGGCUUGGCCCAGAGACCAGCUGUACCUCCCUUUGGACCCGUGCUACCGUGACGCCCCCUUCUGUCCCAGCCCCUGCAGCAGCCUGUCGUCCCGCAGCUGGGUGUCGGACCUGUCGUCCUGCGACUCGUUGUCUCACGCCGUCGAUAAGGACGCCGUCGAGGAUCUGCGCGAUGCCGCCCUGCUGCUGGCGCUGGGCUCCUCGGGAGGCGGAGCUGGAGGAGGAGGAGGCGGCGGAGCCUUUGGCGUGGAGCUGUGGCAGCAGAAGUACCAGGACCCGGCGCUGUCGCCUCACCAAUCUCCCCAGCACUCGCCUCGCGCCAGCGUCACCGAGGACACGUGGACGAGCCGCUGCCCUUCCUCCAGACUGACCGCCCGCCCAGCGUCUCCGUGCGGGAAGCGCCGGCACGCAGAGGCCGACGCCUUUUCCCGCUCACCUUCCCCUCAGCGCUGGUCUUUGGACGACGCCUGGGCGGGACCCUCCGGCCACUCCCUCCAUGAGCUGGACGUCCCACCUAAGACCAGAAGGACAUUGGGGACGCAGCUGGUGGGAGAUUCGCCGCUUGAGGAAGUCCCCGACAUCGAGGCGCCGCCACCGGGAGAGGAGUCACGUGACGGCGGCGACUUGACCGAACUCUUCCUGCGGGUUCCCGCCGCCCACUUCAGCUGGACUGCCCCCGGAGCCGCGCCUCUUUUCAGAGCGUCGUCACCGCCCCCUCUGGACUUUCCUCUCCCGAGCGGCUUCGGGCCCAACCGGCUGAGCGUGGAGGCGGAGCCCCGGCCGUGCCACCGCGCCCACUACGAGACGGAGGGCAGCCGAGGCGCCGUCAAGGCCGGCGACGGAGGACACCCCAGAGUCAAGCUGAGCGGUCCGUGCUGGCGUCCCCCCGCCGGCCUGUUGCUGUUCAUGGGCACAGCGGACGAGCGCCGCCCCCUCCGGCCGCACGCCUUCUACCAAGUCCACCGCGUGACGGGCAAGACGGUGAGCACGCCUUGUCGGGAGAGGACGCUGAACGGGACCACAGUCCUGGAGAUCCCACUGACGCCCGACAUGAGGGCCACCAUCGACUGCGCCGGAAUCUUGAAGCUGCGCAACGCCGACAUCGAGCUGAAAAACGGCGACGCGGGCAGGAAGAACACGCGGCUGCGCCUGGCCUUCCGGGUGGCCGUGCCGCAGUCGGACGGACGGACGCUGUGGCUCCAGACGGCCUCGCGGCCCAUCGAGUGCUCGCAGCGUUCGGGUCAGGACUUUCCUCGCGUGGAGCGCUUUGCGCCCACCUGCUGCCGGCGGGAAGGAGGACAGCGGCUGCUCAUCAUUGGCUCCAACUUGUCCUCUCGCUCCAGGGUGGUCUUCCUGGAGAAAAGUCACGAUGGGCGUGUCCUUUGGGAGACAGACGCCACAGGCGUGCUUGAAGCCAGCAGCAACUCCAGCCUGACGGUGGUGGUUCCGGCCUACGGGCGCGACGCCGGCCUUCCGGCGCACGUGCUCUUCUACGUGUCCAACGGCAAAAGAAGGCGAAGCGCUCAGCAGAGCUUCACGUAUCUGCCAGGGGUCGUCCCUAACGCGCUGCCCCUCCCCACCCCCCUCCUCAAGCAGGAGCCCCGGGAGGCGGGGCCGCCUUCCUGCCGCGGCGACGAGCAGGUGUGGCACGAAAGGUGGGCGCGGGGCAGCGGGACAGACAUCCAACGGGAAACGGAGGACAUCCUCGCGUCAGCGUCUCAGCUCCAGGAAAUCACGCUGGACGAUGUCAACGAGAUCAUCGGCAGAGACGCGUGCGGUCUGAGCGGCGCCGACCCGCCGGACCCGGACGGCCAGAGCGACUGCAAUGAUGCCACCUUCCCCUUCUGCUAUGAUAGCUAGCCUAGCCUAGCUAAGCUAGGGGAAUUUUCGCUAGUGUGCUUAUUUUGGAGUCUACAGCUAAUGCUGGUUUUAGUUGACAGGAUGCGCAAAGCAUGUAAGACACCAACAAUUUACAUUUCUUUCUAUUGAUUUAAUUCAAAUAGCAUGGACGCCAACU